UACAGUAUGACACAAGGAAUUUAUCUGGACCGUAUGUCACAGAAUUCAGGUGACAAUUUUACUCAGCAGAUCCAUACCAGGCAGCUGCUGCAAAUCAGUAACUGAAAUUCCAAGGAACCCACAAAAAGGUCUGUCUGAAAUCGCUCAUCAUGAGCACUUCAACUACAUCAGCCUUCCUUCUAAUUGCAACCAGCCAGGCUCAUGGGUCCAACCAGAGUGUGGCUGUGGGAAAGGCAGAGGCAUCAUAUGCUGUCCUCAAGUUCAUGGAGAGCUUCUGCCUCAUCAGCGCUGCCUGUGGGAUGGUGGGAAAUGGCAUGGUCCUAUGGUACCUCGGCUUCCGUAUCCGGAGAAACCACUUCACUGUCUACAUCCUGAACCUGGCCGCUGCCGACUUUGGCUAUCUCCUCUGCAUUGCCAUUGAGACAGUUCAGUACCUGAUGCAGUUCAACGUGGGGGUGCAGUUUGGGAUAUUCCUCUUCCUGGACCUUUUCAUGUAUGGAACGGGCUUGUAUCUCCUGACCGCCAUCAGCAUUGAGAGGUGCCUGUCUGUCCUUUGCCCAAUCUGGUGCCGAAGCCACCGCCCAAAGCACAUGUCCGCCAUCAUCUCCGGCCUGCUCUGGGGUGUCUCCCUGCUGCUGAACACUCUCGGGUAUGUUUUGUGUACCAUUCGCCCCCCUGCCAGGAGCUGCAAUCUCCUGCUCAUCACCAUUGGAACCUUGGAUUUCCUCUUCUGCACGCCCCUCAUGCUGAUCUUCAGCCUGACCCUCUUCCUUAGAGUCAAGUGCAGCUCCCAACACCUCCGAACAGGCAGGCUCUUCACCGUCAUCAUGCUCACCGUCCUCUUCUUCCUCAUUUUCGCUGUGCCUCUGAGUGUCCUGAUCCUCUUUGACUUCUUGGGCUACAAAUUCCUCUACUCCCCGGAGAUCGGCUUUGUGCUGUCCUGUGUGAAUAGCAGUCUCAACCCCAUCAUUUACUUCCUUGUGGGGAGCUACAGGGACCGGAGAAUCAAGUUCGCCCUCAGGCUGGCAUUCCAGAGGGCCUUUGAAGAUUCAGCCGAUGACAAAGAUGAACGGGAAACCCGUGAGACAGUAACUAUGUCCUCCUAAAACCUUGCUGUGCCUUACACAGUAACACUGGCCUGGAGCUGAGGGCCGAUAGUUUACAGAAUUGAAGAACUCUGAGGUAUUGGGGAAAGUUUCUCACCUAACAUUCAGUAUCUUCGUUAUAGAUCUCUACCCUUCAGCUAGUUAUUUUAAGCUCCGUCUCUGGUGAGUGCAAACACAUAAGCACCUCGACCACAGAAUUUAUCUGACCUGUAUUAGGACCACAUUGAAAGUGCCUAUUUCUUUUCAGUGGCCAUUAAAGGAUUUCAUUUUGAUAAGGUGAUAUGUCUUGGUGUCUAUGUUUCAUCAAAGGAAUCCCACUCAGGAUUUGCAGCUCACUCAAUAAAUCUCUGUCUCUCAGAGCACAACAAUAUCAAGUUCAUAAAUUCUCAGUCACUUUUUACUCAGGGCUCUGAAGCUGAGGUGGGAACCAAUCCUCCUCCUGUUGAAAUCAGCCACGAAAUUCCUGAGAGGAGAGUUUAUCUCUCUCACUUAAUUUUAAAUACCUGUAUCUCAGCAAUACAUGCAACCUCUUGCAGCUCCCAGGGUGCACGAUUCUUCGCUUCUAAUGUAAGCAUUUCAAAUAGUGAAAUGAUUCAUGCCCUAGAAGAACCUUUCGUUUAUCUACUAGGAAGGUUUCCAUACCAUAGAGUUGUGAUGGAGUAGACAAGGGGUCCAACCCCUACCAACUUGCCUUACAGCUUUAUGCAGUGAGUUGCAUGCUCCCUUUUCUUGUGUUUCAAAGAAAUACAGGGCUGGAGUUGCAUAUUAUUUUAGCUUCCUCCAGCCCAGGACAGAGUAUCUGCAUCAAACUACAGCAUGAAUUGAGUUGUUAUUUCUUCCUUUAAGAAGGACAGAUGAUAAGAACCCAUGGUUUCUAACAUCUCUUCUGCCAACAGAAAUAAAUUCAAGGACAGGGAAAAAAUAGGGAACAGAAAAAAGGUGAAUAAACACCACAGUUUGUGACAAAAUAUUCUCUAGACCCAAUCCCUUGAGAUGCAAGAUGUGAUUAUUUGAAGCUUUGCACUAUCAGACCACAUAACAUUUGCUCUUUUAACUUAAAUUGAUAGAAAAAGGCAACACAGGUAAUUUUCUUUGAGAAACCUUACAGAUUCCUCUUCAUGCCUUCAUCUGCAAAUAUUUUCCUAAAGGGAAACUGUGUUCUUCUAUUGCCUAUCAUGUUUUUUAUUUUCAUUUGUCUUUUCACUAAUUUUGAAAUGCACCACUGAAAAAAAUAGUGGUUCACCCUGAUGCCUGCAGUUGUGUUUUGCUUCCUGUUUACAGUUCCUGAAAGCUAGAAUUUGAGUUCCAUUUCUACUAUUCUUUAAUUUUUAAUGCUACUGUUCUGCAACGUUGAUUCAGAUUCAGCCUAUGUCAUCAAUUAUUUUUAGUAAGGUUUUUUUCUUCUAACUUCUACUGCUGAGGGGAAGA